GUUGGUGGAUGCGAGUAUAAACACCUUCAAGAAAUGGAUCGUCGGCGUGCGUGACUUCCAAACAAAGAACAAACAGAACAAAGUUGUCUUCGCAAAGCCCACAUUCGCCCAUGCGAGUCUUGCGACGCGGCUGGAGAAACUGCGCAAAAUCAGAAAGGACCACCAGACACUGCGACAGGUUAUACGCAAUGUGCUGACUACCUCAGACCUCAAAGGUGACAAGGCAGCGGGCAUCGACAAAGCGUACGAGCGGUUCUUGACAGUGGAUAUGACCGAUGUGUCUUUGGAAGGGUCCAAAGCAGUGCAAGCCGCCGAAGACGACUACAACAAGAAGAUCGAUCAGAUUGAGACGGGCAUUGCCGCCAAAUUCCGUGAGCAGUUGGCAGUGGCUGAGACGUCGCAGGAAAUGUUCCGCAUUUUCUCAAAGUACUCGCCACUCAAAGUGCGCGACCGCAUCUGGGGAGCCAUCCAGGAGUACCAGGGACGCCUGCUGCAGCGCAUCAGG